UGUCAGAGGUCAAACAUGGCGGCGUGCACAAGGAGGACGAGAGAAAUGAUGGGCUUAUUAGGAAUUUUAAGAAAUCUGCCCCAUAACGAGAGGUUUCUGUCGACGUCUGUAAUGAGACACGCGUCAGAUGGACCGAAAUUCACCCCUCCGACCAAACCCGUUUUCACAGACAAAGCACAAGAAGAGGCAUCAGUCCGGCGGGUUUUAAGUCCAGAGUUCAUCCCUCCUCGCCAGCGCACAGACCAAAUCAAGUUUUAUAUAGAACGGAAAGAUAUGAUACAGAGGAGGAAAGUUUUCAAGAUUCCAGAGUUUUACGUUGGCAGCAUUUUAGCAGUGACCAUGACAGAUCCUCACGCGAGCGGGAACCUGAAUCGCUUUGUUGGAAUCUGCACUCAGCGCUCUGGAAAAGGAUUGGGUGCUACUUUCAUACUUAGGAAUGUCAUUGAUGGACAGGGAGUGGAGAUAUGCUAUGAGCUGUACAGUCCACGUAUGCGUAAGAUUGAAGUGUUGAAGCUGGAGAAGCGACUGGAUGACAAUCUCAUGUACUUGAGAGACGCUCUACCUGAAUACAGCACCUUCGACUUUGACAUGCAACCUGUCCAUUAUGAGCUCACAAAAGACGCCCCAGUUAAUCCGUUAAAAGUAAAAAUGAAGCCAAAGCCGUGGUCUAAACGUUGGGAGCGCCCAAAGUUUGACAUUAAGGGUAUUCGCUUUGACCUGUAUUUGACUCCAGAGCAGAUGGAGCAUGCGCAGAAGUGGGGACAACCAUGGAGAGAGUAUGAUAUGCUGAAGGAGUACGACACAUCCAGUCUAGAGAAGAAGAUCUUUGAGGAGGUGGAGGAAAAUCUCAGAAAGUAGACUGUACGUGGAGAUUAUCUCUGUGAAUAGACAUGAGGCUCAGGUGACAACUUUUAAGAUGCUGAACAGAUCUGAGAGAUGCUCGUCUAGGUCUGUGGAGUGCCUCAAAAAGGAUUUUGCAGAUGCAAGGAGAUAUGUAACUUUGGGGGGGGAGGCCCUGAGCCAGUGAUACCUUUUUUUAAUCACUGGCUCAGUUCUGAUGCUUAACUACAAAUGGCCACAGUCAAUUAAAAUAAUAGCAAUAAUUCUGUGCUAUUGUUUACUGUAGUGCCGUUAGUGUCAUCAAAUGCAUUUCUCUGUGGUUUUACUUUCUUGCUUGACCUUUAGGGGGCAGCAGAGAACACAAGUAUUACAUGUAAAUUAGUAUCUGAAUAAAUAAUAAAUCAAUUCUAAACCGUUAA